GACGGAUUGCAUGUGCUCUCCCCGCAGAAUAUGGUGUGGAGGAUGAUAUGAGCACACAGGCUGGAUGAUGCGCCGCCGCCCAACUUGCUCUUACCAAGAAAUCCGUAGACAGACUGGUACCUAAUUCAGCUAAUAAUUCACAAGUAAUGGGCAUUUUAACAAACGGUUGUUCUAUAUAGACCUCUUGAAUUGCCUCCUCCCCAUAGCUCUUGGGAGCCACGACAAAGAAGAAUCGCACCUCGUACGUGCGUGCCUGCCAUCAUGAAGAAGAUUGUGUUGAAGGUCAUCAUCAUUUGCAGCAGGUGCAAGGCCUGCGUCGUGAAGACAGUCGCCAAAAUCGACGGGAUCAUUUCAAUAUCUGUGGACGUCGAGAAGAGUACGGUGACAAUUAUCGGUCAGGUGGAUGCUGCGUGCAUAGUAAAAGAGCUGCGGAAGGCCGGGAAGUCGGUGGAGAUCGAGAGCGUUGGGGAACACAAGAAGGAGGAGAAGAAGGACGAGAAGAAGAAGGACGAUGACAAGAAGAAGAAGUGCAAGGAGGAGUGCAAGAAGAAGUGCAAGGAGGAGUGCAAGAAGGAGUGCAAGGAGGAGUGCAAGCCUUUGCCUCCCUGUUGUAACGCAUGCAAGCAAGCGCCUUAUGGCAACAUCGUGUGGUAUGAACAGUCGAACGUAUGCACCAUUCUUUAAAGGCAUCAGCACGAUCAUAUAUUGAUGGGCUUCGUAGCAUUUCCCUGCUGUAAUCUCUAUGCAUCAUCCUUGGCAUGCUGGAGUGCAAUCAGCAACCCAAGCUCAAAUGUUUGCUCUGGAAAUGGCCUCCUGUUAAUUAGCAAUCCUUGCUUCAUUUGUUCCUUUCGUCUCACACUACGAAUGCAUGCCUACUUUCUUUCGGGAUAUCAAAUAUCUAGUGCCAUUAUUUAAUCAA